CGUCCAUCUUGAACCCGCAAUGCGACGAUCGUCCAUGAAGGAGCUUCACUCAGAAAUUUGAAGAUGGCGGCAAAUGAGGGAGAACUGCCGGAUUCCCUCUCUUCCCGCCCCAGGAGGUGGAUAUCUCUAAUCGAUUCACUCCAUCCUUAUUUUCGGAAUUGUUCCCUGGGGUUCUUGGUUGAACGCCCCUGGUUGUAUGAGAUUUCUGCUUCCUAUCCAGGAAACCUUCUUGAUUAUUUUGUUCGAUGUGGAAUUGAGUUUCCAUGGUCGGUACAAGCCCGUUCACUUAAUGUCAUCUCGAUUUUCGGUGGUCGGUGAUGCUAAGAUUAGGAUAUGGUUCUCAGAUGGGAGUUUAACCUUCGAGAUUGUUUUUGUUCAACGUGGUAUUGAGUCUCCACGGUAGGUAGGAGCCCUCUCACCUAACCGCGAUCGUGGUUCCCGUGGUCAUUGAUCCUGAGAUUAGGGUUAUGGUUCCUGGGUGGGAUUUUCUUCAGGAUCGUCGGGUUUACCUUGCUAUGUUACUGUAGGAUGUGGAGUACGAAACUGUGUAGAAAAGUGUUAUGCUAGACCGGUUAGAGGUUCAUAUUUAACAGUUUUAAUUAUUUCCGUAAUUCUCGAAAUGAGUGGUACUGUAUUCGUAGUUCGAAGGCUCUUUAGUGCUUGUGCUUCUGUUUCAACGGAACGAUCACGCUUUCUGCGGCAAUUUAGGCACAAGAGGCUGGAUGAAUCACGAAAGAAAGAACUCGGAAUGUCUAAGUUGAGUAUGAAAGAGAAGGAGGUGAAACCCAUAGUUUACAUGAGGACCAUCAUUGUAGGAGUAUCAAGAAUUCUUAGAUAUUCGACGUGGGAAUCUGCAAAGGAAGAGCUGGAGAAGCUUUGCUUGAAAUGGGAUUCAUACACAAUUAAUCAGGUUCUCAAAACGCACCCACCUAUGGAGAAAGCUUGGCUCUUCUUCAAUUGGUGCUCACAGCUCAAAGGGUUUAAGCACGACCAAUUCACGUACACGACGAUGCUGGAUAUAUUUGGGGAGGCAGGAAGGAUUGAAACUAUGAAACAACUGUUUCAUCAGAUGGCCGAAAAAAGAUUGAGGAUUGACGCGGUUACAUAUACUUCGGUCCUGCAUUGGCUCUCAAAGUAUGGCGACAUUGAAGGGGCGUUAAAUAUAUGGAAGAAGAUGAAAUCUGAGGGUUGUUUGCCGACUGUUGUGUCGUAUACGGCGCUGAUGAAGGUCCUUUUCGACAAUGGCAGGCCAAAGGAAGCAGCUGCAGUAUAUAAGGAGAUGAUCGAAGCUGGCUGCUCUCCUAAUUGCUAUACAUAUACCAUUUUAGUCGAAUAUCUGGCUGGGUCCGGUAAAUUCAAGGAGGCAUUUGACAUCUUAUGCAAAAUGCAAGAUGCUGGGGUACAGCCUGACAAGGUUACUUGCAAUAUUCUUGUCCAUAAAUGUUCAAUAGCAAGGGAAAUGUUUGUUCUGAUUCAAACUCUUCAGUAUAUGAAAGAAAAUUCACUUGUUCUUCGUCGACCCAUGUAUUUGGAAGCAUUGGAGGCUUUGAGAAGUUGUGGUCAAAAUGAUGAACUGUUAAAUGAAGUCAAUCCCCAUUUCUGCCAUGAAGGCUUUGAUGAUUGUAGAUGGGAUCUUUCUCCAGACCCUCAGCAUUAUGCAGACAGGGGAGUUCUUAUAAACUUAGUGGCAAAAAAGAGUUUUGUUGCAGCUGAGUAUUUACUUGAGGGGAUGAUGGAGAAGAAUAUCCAGUUCGACACUAAGCUUGUCAGCUCUAUGGUGAUGGAUUUCUGUUCAAACCAUCAUCCAUCUGGUGCUUUGGUGGUGUUGAAAUAUAGCUCAACAUCUGGCUUGCAGCUUGAAAGGGAUGCAUAUAUCUGUAUGAUUGGGCUUUUUAUUAGAUUGAGUUUAUAUGGAAAGGUAAUGGUAGUUACUGAAGAGAUGCUUAGAAAGGGUGUUCAUUUUGGAACAUAUCUUGUAGCUCUUCUGAUUUAUCAGUUUGGAUGUGCUGGAAUGCCUGAUUUGUCUGAAAGGCUUUUUUAUGCAUUACCUUGUGAACAGAACACUGCUACUUAUACCGCUCUGAUGGAUGCAUUUGUUAAAUCUGGAGAUUUUGACAAAGCUCUUACUCUAUAUAAAAAAAUGAGCAAAGAACGGGUUCCUAUCACAUCUGGAACUCUUCAAGUUCUGCAGGUUGGUCUAGAAGGCCCUGUCUGGUCCCAUGGCAAUGGAAUCUACAGACAACUGCAAAAAUUGUUGCCGGAUCAUGGUCACCUGCAAGAUAAUAUUCUGUGGGAGCAAAGACUCUGCAAUGUAUUAUUUGAUAAUGCUGGUAACCGAUAAGGUGAAUGACUUGAAUCCUCGUUGUGGAGCCAUGAUCAGUAUAUCUUUUAGUAAGUUCCCUGGUCAAUGGAAGAGUAUGUAUUACUUGUUAAAUGUGGUAUCAACUAAAUGGAGAUGCAUUGAACUCUGAUCGGUGGGGCCUUUGCUGCACAUUAUGCCUUUGCUGUUUCAAUUUCCGUUGGACCAGGCUCCGUACCAGAUACGUGAGAACUUCAGGUUCCGUAGAGCACUGCUGAGUCCACCACAUGGGAAUUAUUAUUUUGCAGGCUAAAUAGUUCAAACUUCAAACUCAUGGGAAAUAGAGCGACUCUGUAAGACAAUAUGUUGGGUUCUGAAAGCGGACUUAUGAUACCUGUGGAUUUUGUGUCUUGAUGGAAUCGUACAUCUAUCCAUGUAUCCUAGACAAGAAUCAAAAUAUUGGUUAACACUCUUCAACGCUGGAACGAAGGGCUGUACAUGUCAAGUUUAUAAUUAAAUCUGUUGCAAAUUCAAGUUGAACA